CCCCCUGCUCCCCUCCCUCAGACAGUCCCUGCUCUUCUCCCGCUGCCUCCUCCUUGCUCUCUUGCCCCUAGUUGCCCCCCUCCCUCUCCAGCCAUGGCAGGGGCACGACCAGGGGUACAUUCUCUCCAGCUGGAACAUGUCCGGGUACCAGACACCCUCCUGCGGGGGAGCAAGUUCAUCAAGUGGGACGAGGAAGUAGAUAUACUGGAUAUCAGUCUAAUAAGAGACACUCGGACAGGAAAAUAUGCUAAAAUGCCAAAGGACCAGCGCAUGAAGGAGACGUUGGGAUUCACCGGAUCAGAGGUUCGCCCAGAAGAUAAACUUGUAACUGUUGUAUACGGCACUGAUAUUGUUAGCAUCAACUUUCUAAACUUUAUGGCUGUACAGGAGGACACUGCAAAGAUUUGGACAGAGGGGCUCUUUAAAUUAGCUACAAAUAUUUUGGCUCAGAAUUCUUCUCGGAAUACCUUCCUGCAGAAAGCAUACACUAAACUAAAGCUUCAGGUCAAUCAGGAUGGCCGGAUACCAGUGAAGAAUAUUCUGAAGAUGUUUGCUGCUGAUAAGAAGCGAGUGGAGACAGCGCUGGAGUCCUGUGGCCUGAACUUUAAUCGGGGUGAGUCAAUAAAGCCGGAAGAAUUCAAAUUUGAUAUUUUUGAGCGGUUUCUGAACAAGCUGUGUCUACGUCCGGACAUUGAUAAAAUCCUCCUGGAACUAGGGGCAAAAGGGAAACCGUACCUGACAUUGGAGCAGUUGAUGGAUUUCUUGAAUCAAAAGCAGAGAGAUCCCCGGCUCAAUGAGAUUUUGUUCCCCCCACUAAAGAGAGACCAGGUGCGCCAACUCAUCGAGAAGUACGAACCAAACCGGCAGUUCCUGGAAAGGGACCAGAUGUCCAUGGAAGGGUUUAGUCGGUUUCUUGGUGGGGAAGAAAACAGCAUUGUCCCUCCGGAGACUCUGGAUUUAAGUGAUGACAUGACUCAACCGUUGACUAGCUACUUCAUCAACUCCUCCCACAAUACCUACCUCACUGCUGGACAGCUGACCGGUAACUCCUCAGUAGAGAUGUACAGGCAAGUGCUGCUCACCGGCUGCCGAUGUAUCGAGCUGGACUGCUGGAAGGGACGACCCCAGGACGAUGAGCCUUUCAUUACCCAUGGGUUCACCAUGACCACCGAGAUCCCCUUCAAGGAGGUGAUAGAAGCGAUAGCAGAGAGUGCCUUUAAGACAUCGCCAUUUCCAGUCAUUCUGUCCUUCGAAAACCAUGUUGACUCGGCCAAACAGCAAGCCAAGAUGGCUGAGUACUGCAGGAACAUCUUUGGCGACGCACUUUUGAUAGACCCACUGGAGAAAUAUCCUCUGCAACCUGGUGUGCCCCUCCCCAGCCCCCAGGAGCUUCUGGGUAAAAUCCUUGUUAAAAACAAAAAGCGACACAGAGUAGCAGUAAAGGGCCCGGAUGGCAGCGUGAAGAGGAGAGUCAGCGAGCAGCCAUCUAAUACCUACAGUGAUACAUCCAGUGUGUGUGAUUCACCGGCACCAGGGCUGCUGAACUCUGAAAUCACUGAUGGGCCUUUGGCACUUUCCAAUGGGGAGGAGAAAUUAGAGGAUAAGCUGCCAAAGUAUACAGAGCCGCGGAAGUCUAUUGACCGUGACGCCUACAGUGAGGAUGAGGAGGAUGAAGAACCCUCUGACCCCAAAAAGUCUGAUGAGGGUACCGCCAGCAGUGAAGUAAAUGCCACGGAGGAAAUGUCUACGCUCGUUAACUACGUGGAACCGGUUAAGUUCAAGUCAUUUGAUGUGGCCAACAAGAGGAAUAAGCAUUAUGAAAUGUCAUCAUUUGUCGAGACUAAAGCGUUGGAGCAGCUCACUAAAUCUCCCAUGGAAUUUGUGGAAUACAAUAAGAAGCAGCUAAGCCGCAUCUACCCCAAAGGGACGCGAGUGGAUUCUUCCAAUUACAUGCCGCAGCUCUUCUGGAACGCCGGGUGUCAGAUGGUAGCGUUAAACUUUCAAACUCUCGACCUUCCAAUGCAGUUGAAUAUGGGAAUAUUUGAAUAUAAUCAUCGCAGCGGUUAUCUCCUCAAACCUGAGUUCAUGCGGCGGACAGAUAAACCGUUUGAUCCAUUUACUGAAAAUAUUGUGGAUGGGAUUGUUGCAAAUACCGUUAAAAUUAAGAUUAUUUCAGGACAGUUCUUGUCUGAUAAACGCGUUGGGAUCUAUGUGGAGGUCGAUAUGUUCGGUUUGCCGGUGGACACAAAGCGGAAGUUUCGCACAAAAACCUCCCAGGGAAACUCAUUUAACCCUGUGUGGGAUGAGGAGCCUUUCAUAUUCCAUAAGGUAGUACUUCCCACUCUUGCCUCUCUCCGAAUUGCGGUGUUUGAAGAAGGUGGAAAGUUUGUUGGUCACCGGAUUCUGCCUGUAUCAGCGAUCCGACCUGGAUAUCACUACAUCUGUCUCAGAAAUGACAUAAAUCAGCCACUCUGCCUCCCGGCUCUGCUUGUUUACACUGAGGCAAACGAUUAUAUUCCUGAUGACCACCAAGACUAUGCUGACGCACUCAUUAACCCCAUCAAACAUGUUAAUCUCAUGGAUCAGAGGGCGAAACAGCUAGUGGCUCUUAUUGGGGAAAGCGAGCAACAGGGACUCAAGAUAGAAAAAGCCCCAGAAAACCAGAAACCAGAUACUCAGAAUGUUACCCCUGAUCCUCCCUCAAGGAAGAAGAAGGCUUCUUUAACACAAUCGGUUGUCACACCCCCUGUUCACCGAGAUGACCUAAUAGCAAGUAUAUUAACAGAUGUUUCCACUCCAUCCCUAGAAGAAUUAAAACAGCAGAAAAGUUUUGUGAAAUUGCUCUGUCGUCAGUACCGGGAAUUGCGUCAACUGCACCGCAAGCAUUUGCGUAAGGUAUCAGCUCUCUGCAAAGACCAGAGCACCUGGGUAACUCAGUUAGCAAAUGUUCGCAAGAGGCGGAGCCUGGGAAAAAGCCCACGGACAUCACAUGAUUCUGAGCAUGAGGACGAGCAGCAGAAGAUACAAGAUUUGCAGGGGGAGCAGCUGAGACGACUCUUGGAGAUGAGGGAAGCUCAGCAUGAACAAGAGAGGAAAAUAAAGCACACUCAUUUGCAGCAGGCUGUUGUAAAGCUGCAGGAAGUGGCUCAGUCUUGUCAUUCUGCACAACUCAAGAAAAUGAAAGAGAUCAAUGAGAAGGAGAAGAAAGAGCUUCAAAAAAUCUUGGACAGAAAAAGACAUAACAGCAUAACUGAGGCCAAGUCACGAGACCGUCAAAAGAAAGAUGGAGACCUGACAGAAAUUAACAGACGCCACAUUAAUGAGUCUGUAAACUUCAUAAGACGGUUGGAAGAAGCACAAAAGAGGCGUUUGGAUAAAUUGCUGGCGGCUCAUCAGGAUACGCUACAAAGGAUAAAAGACGAGGAACCAAAGCUCAUGGCACAGUUGGAUUUGGAAUGCCAGGCAGAGUAUGAUCAACUUCCGCUGGAAGUUCGGCGUUACUUGCAGGAUGAAGUGGGUUGGGGAGGGAACGGAUCAGGACCUCCCUCGUCUUCCUGCAGUACUCCAACAUCGGUUACUCGAAGUGUAUGGUCAGAUAGUGGAGAUACCAGUCUAUUAUACACUCCCGGGGACUCCAGUGACGAAGCCACCAGACUCUGACCUCCAUUACAUAUCAAAGAACUAUACAAGAGGCCACAUCAUCCAAUCAUUAAUCCGAGAGUCCCAAAAACAAGUCAUUGCCUCUAACAUACAGUUAAUCCAAAAAUUCAUAUGUAUCAGAAAUCCUAUGUAAAUAAUUGAAACAAAGAUAAAUAUGAGGUUCUCCCGGAAAUACCGAUUUUAUCCUCACAAACCAAGACCGUGCUCCUGGAAUAACCCAAAGCAUUUUUAACAGACACUGAAUCCAAAGAAGCCAGACAGAUGGGAGAUAUCUAUAAAUUAAAUGUAAAGGUCCCUCUGUGGGGCUAAAUUUCUGUAUAAUCACAGAUGUAAUUAUAAAUGAUAGCACGGUUGUGUGUGCAUAUGCGCCAUUGUUUUUGCCUGAAUGAUCCUGUAUGAGAUUGUAUGGAAAUGCGUGUGUGUGAGUGGGUGUCGUUGUCCGUGUGGGUGUGUCACUGUUAGCGUCACAGUCUCCUCCCCUCAAAAAACUAUGUAUUUUUUACUCACAUUUUAUUUCUCCAAUAAAACUAUGAAAAAAAUUUAA